UUAAUGAGAUGGGGGAACUUUAUUGCGUUUGCACUCGUGAUACUACGGUAGCAUCCAAGGGGCGUACACACGAUGUGUUGAUAGAGGUAGCUACUUCUCGUGUAAAUCAAUUGUGUGCUGACUUCUAUUUAAUAUUUUUGGGGCGUUGGGGGAAGAAUGAAAGAGGUCUUCCACCAAAACGGACGAAAUCAUGAACGGCGCCGUAUACAUUUCGUUUUUUCAAGGUCAGCUGGAAUCUGCACUAGAGGAAGUAGUGCAAGUCGCAGUACAGGAAAUAACCAARACUGUUGGGUCAAGCUUGACUUCUAUGUUAAUGAAAACGGCCGUCAAAGAACAAGAAAACCAACGACUUAAGUUAGAGCUUCAAUCACUGGAGUUUGAAUCUAAUGGGGUAGAAAAUGGAGCCGAAUUCAACCGUGGCAGGGAAGACAACGCCGCCACGGAUCAAACAAAGCCCGAGACACACACCCCCAGYCACAGCGCAGAGCGCGGCGUGCACGCAAACACUCUAAGACUGGAUCAAAAAUGUCGAGUAGUGGGUCAGCUCAAGAUGGUCAUGGAGCAUGUGCUGGAGUUUGCUGUGUGCGAGCUGACCAAAAUUGUGGAGGCCAGUUUCGAUGACCUGCUCCUGGAGCUGACCGGGAAGGAGCGGGAGCACAUCGCUCUGGAGGAGCAGUUGCGCCACUUGGCGCACCAGGAGAACAGGAAGGGCGGGGUGUCGAGGAGGAGUGGGUCGGAAAACAACACAGCGUUCCCCAGCGGCUCAGAGGACACCCGGCAGGAAUCCAGAAACGUCACAGUCAAAAUUGUCCGAGGACAAAGAGAGCAAACKGAGACAACAAACGACAGUGACAAGCAGGCUGUCCUGACCGUAGCCCAGGACUGGGUCCCCAUCCUGGACAAGGUGUUUGGGCAGAAGUGGUGCAGCGACCUGUGGCAGAUCAAAGAGCUGGCUUCAGGGAAGGGGGGUGAGGAGAGGACUGGGGGAUCUGGGCUGGGAAUUGUGGGCUCCUUCCCCAGUCUGAACGCCCUGAUCCGUGAGAACCUGGAGCCCUCCCCCACUAGCCCCCUGCAGGACCCCCAGUGGAUGCCUCUGGAGGACAUGGAGGUCCUCUCCUCGACCUUGGACACUCCGCAAGACCCUCCUGCUACCAUAAGCACCACAGCUACAGUUGAGGAGUCCCUCAGGUCUCCGUCGAUGCUUCACCGGCUCCUCACACUCCCCGCGCAGCUCCUAGAGGAAGACGAGGAUGAGAGCGCAAUGGAAACCAUCCCCCUGCCCGCCGAAGCUUCCCCUGGCAGAGCAGCUGUGCGACGGCAAAACACAGAAUCGCCUAACCAGAGCUGCCCAUCUCCUCCCAAGAAAAAGGUUGCUGUUUCACUGGAGGAGGAGGAAGAGGAGGAAGACGAAGAGAAGGAAGACAAGGCGACGAUGACGCUGGACUCAAAGGUGAAGACCGUGCCUCUCAAAGGCAGGAAGGCUCACGAGUGUAAAGAAUGCGGCAAGAAGUUCAGCCGGGCGCCGCUCCUGAAAGCUCACCAGCAGACUCAUAUCACCACAGCAAUGGCGAUGACGCCAGCGAUUUGCUGCUCAGAGUGCGGGAAACGCUUCUCCCAGGCAUCCCGGCUACAGGCGCACCUACAAACUCACACCGGGAAAAAGUCCUGAGCAGAUGGAGAAGUGAAUUGGAAGAUUGAAGAGAAAAAAAAGAGAAUUGGAAUCAGUCGCUCUUCAGUCCAUAUCUCACAAAUAGCCAUAUUAGUAGCAGGAUGGUCACCGGUAUUCGAGUUCAUACAUUUGAGUUCACUUUAAGUACCUUACAAGUCGGGAAUCAGAGGCAUUUUUUUUCAUGUUGCUGAUUUGAAGGUACAGUUUUGCUGUAUGUUUCUUAUUUGUUACCACCAUUUUGAUUCCUUACAUGUGGCGACAAGGUAAAUACUUUGUAAUCAUUUGAGAUUGGAUCUGGCUGGUAGUUGUGGUUAGUAUCACAAUUUUACAUUAUGUAUAGCAUGGGACAGUGGSGCUCACAACAAGCAAUGAAGUGACCUUUUUAAGUGGUCUUUUUAGUUUCCCCAGUAUACUUUUCUACAUUUUUGGGGGGAAUAUCAAACUGGUCUCUUUGUGGUUUAUUAUUUCACAUCAAGGUUAUUUGCUAUACCAGAGGCCAUAAUCUUGGCUUUUGUGGACUGCAAUUUCAAUAAACAUUACACUGAUUUGUGAGAAUUGUAUCUUUCAGUGGCAGAGGCAUUGUCUCAAGUCGAAUGUGAAUCGCAACUCGUCUUUUUUCCGGUGCUACAAGCAGUGACUCACUUUCAAAGGGCUUAUGUGCCCAGGGUAAAGGGGGAGAGAGAUGGACUGCUGGAGUCAAUAGCAGAUGUAAUACCUUUGUUUUGCUUACCUCUGAAUGUGAAUCUCUGUACAGAUGGAAAUAACCUGGUAUUUCUCUUUACCUUCAUGCAAUUCACUAUUUACAGUCCUCACUCACUUUGGCAGUAUUUUUAUUUUUCACUCAACAUAAAUACCUCCUUAAAAACACUCAAAUAAUAAUGUUUGAUAAAGGUAUUGUUACGUUGGUAGCCCUUUUUUUUGUUUUUAUAAAGAACCACAGAUUCAGAGUCUGCAGACCUCUAGUUGAUGACUAGCACAAACUGUGUGAUGACAUAUCACACUGGUCCAUCUUGGGCUUUUCUAUAUCCUGUCUGACCUGGAAGGACCAUUCCUGACACACGUCUAAGAAGAUAGUGAGGUAGAGAAUGGAAUCUUGCCCUUGUGCUGAUUGUGGAAGGCUGGAUUCUCAAGUGUCAUGSGAAGUAGAGAAAUACCACAUUGAUGAGAAACACUUUUUGGUUUGCUUUGUCUUGUUUGACCUCCGGAUGAGUCAAAUGGAUGUGGAGCAUCUGAUUGGACAUCGGGAAUAUUGUUUCUGCUCAUAUGGCCAUGCCUAACAGAAUACUUKGUUGGAACAUAAAAYAUUGAAGGUAUGGGCCAUUCAAAUAAGGGAUGGGUGGGGGGUUGAGGGGCAGGGUUGUAWARACUUUGGAGACUUACASGUGUUUGCAGGACUGCUCUUUSCCUCCGAAAAUAUAUUUGUAGAAAGGCAAACACUGUUUACGCCCCUCCGCCAGAUUCCUUAAGUAUCGUAGCGUCUUCCCAUUUUGAUUGUGCUUUGUCUCUUGUAGAUGCGUCUGCAGUUUGUAGUGCUGAGUGAUUAGUGCUUUUUGAGGACGGUUUCGGUUCGAUUAUGAAAMAAUAAUCACGGUUUUAAGUUGGAAGAMAAUAACAUUACAUGCAUUAUGUAGGUUGAUUGCUGUAACACAGAAUAAAAYAAUUAAUAAAAGUCCCAUGAUGGUAGCGACUGCCCAUUUAUCACUUAACCAUUAUUAACCAUAAUUUAUUCACAUUACUUUAAUAAAAUAUUUCAGUUGUGUGUGUAUAUUACAUGUUUUAUUUGAUGGCUUUAUUAUUUAAUUCCAAGUCAUCUCAAAUCUCUAUAGAGCUGCUGCCUAAGAUGUUUGACAAAAUUAAUAUUUUAGUAGUUCUAAGUAAGGUAUAAUUUUAUGACUGCUAAAUACCAACUAUCAAUUACUUAAGAUCAUGUAUUUUCAGGUAGAGAUGCCUCGCGAAGCAACUGUUCUCUAUCCCUCUUUUACGCCUGACGUAGCAGGCGUAAAAUAAACACACAGGUGGGACAAGUAGGCACGCAAUGUAUUUUGGCCAUAGUAGUUAAUUACCACAUUUUCUGCACCUAAACAAUGUAGAAUAUUGGCCUGUUUGAAACUGCAACUCCCUACUAUAUUGCACAGUUUAGGCUUGAUCUGAUUGAUCUGUAGAUWAACGUUGCAAUGUGCACAUUGAGCUCACAGAAAAAAAUGGAAUUCAAAUAAUUUUACCAUCGGUCAAUUUUAGCAUCUGUCAAAAUAACAGAAAUUAUGGUUAAUCGCUCUGYACAAAGCAUUAAUGUAAUAGCAAGCAAUACUGUGUACCAUUGAGAACAUGGUGAUGUUACCUAUUUGUGGCAAAGCCAGUAACCUAUUGUUGAAGAUGUACCUGUACUUCAAACAACAAUCGAGGGAAGAUAUCCUCAAAUCGGUUCUGUAAUCCACAGGAUUUUUUUUGUCUUCCUCAGGGAAGGUUGUUUCUGUGGCUCUGUUUCCAAGAUAUCAGGUCACACUUCUACACCAGAGCGGGAAACCCAUGGCAACGUCCCAAUCCAUUGUAAAAA